AUGUCGUAUCUAGCAUCAUUGUCAAUCAGAGAGUCAAAAGAAUACGAUGAAUUUCCUGCAAAGCAAGAGGUUGAAAUUUUAAAGACAAUCUAUCCAGAGCUAACUCAUGAAAGAGAAAGAGGUGAUGAUAGUAUUGAUGAAUGUGAUAGAAACAACAACAACAGCCAUAAUGACAACGAUGAUGAUGAUGAUGAUAAUAAUACUAUAAUAACACCUUUUGAUAUAUUUCAUAUAAAGAUUGAUGUUAAUCUUAAAGAUGAUUUCUAUAUUGAAUUGGAUACACCACCAACAAUCAACCAAGAUGAUGAUAGUACAACUACAACUACAACAACAACUACAACAACUACAAAUAAUAAUAAUACAAAUAAUAAUAGACAAGAAAGAUAUCCAAUUAUUCAAUUACCAUCAAUUACAUUUGGAUUUUCAUUCCCAUUGAAUUAUCCUGAAAAGGCACCACCUCAAUUAUUCAUGUCGUGUGCAUGGUUGUCACCGAGCAUGAUGAAUAGAGUUUUGGAUUAUUUACUUUCAAUUUGGGAACCUGGAGAACUUGUCAUAUUUAAAUACGUCGAAUGGAUUAGAGACUCUAUGAUGCCAUUUAUUGGUAUUGAUGAACACUUGACAUUGUCUUUUGAAUCAAUCAUAAAGGAUGAUGAAGAAGAAGAGGAAAUGGAGGAGGAGGAAGGAGAUGACCAAGAUGUAUAUUGGGAGAGAUUAGAUAUUGGAUGGGUAUCAUUGGCAAAUGUAUUACCUUAUUUGGUACAAUAUAAUAAUCGAAUGGCCAAGAAUACGUUUAUCAAGACAUACCAUACUUGUACCAUCUGUUGUGAAGAGAGACCUGGACCAGAGUUUGAAUUGUUGUCGUGUCAUCACUACACGUGUGUCGAUUGUAUUGGUGGUCUGUGGUACGGACAUUUCGGUACGUCCCCUGUUUGCGAGACAUUUGGCACAAUGGUUCCAGGGAUUGUCAAUCUCUGGAAAGAACGUCUCAAGAGGGAAAUGGAAAAGGAUAAACUCAAACCCAUUAAAACAUCCGAAUUCAUUGCUUGUCUUCGUUGUAAAAAUACCCUCUAUCGUAUGCAAUCCAAAAACAACCAUCUUCGAUGUAAUAAUUGUAAAUCACAAUUAUGUUAUCUUUGUAAACAAUUUAUUCGUGGUACUCAACAUUUUACAUCUCCAGACGCCAAAUGUCCUCAACAUGGUGGUGGCAUCACUCCAAAAAUUGAUCCAACUACUACUACUACUACUACUACUACAGACACACCUAAUAAGGAGAAGAUGGCAUCAUUACUUGUAGGAAGAUCUUUAAAGCAUACUUCAUCGAUUUCAUUAUCAUCGAUUUCUACUGUAGCAUCAUCUAACUUUUUAAAGAGAUCAUCUUCAUCAAAUGUAUAUUCACAACAACAACAACAACAACAACAACCAAACUUGUACAAAUACUAUUCAACAUCAUCAUCAUCAUCAACAUCAACAACAUCAAAUAGCAAUAAAACCUAUUUAGAUUUAAUAAAGUCAUCUAUCAACAAUCAUAUAUUGGAGGCAUCAAAGGGAUGGGGUAAAUUUGGUAAAAGAGAAAAGAAGGAAUCAUCAGCCGAACAACAACAACAACAACAACCUUCUGAAGAAAACAAUGAAACCAAAGAAAAAUCAAAUAACAACAACAAUAAUCAACAAGAAAACAAGUCAAAAGAUCAAUUCAAAUCAAAUAAUAAUAAUAAUAAGAAAGAUAGUAAACCAGAACCAGAAAAUGAAAAUGAAGAAGAAUCAACUUGGAAGAAUAUAUUAUUGGCUUGCGCUGCAUUUGGAGCCGCUUUUUAUAUCUUGGCUCCCAAUCAACCACAUCUAGAUUCCACUCAAAUUACUUUUAGUGAUUUCAUUACAAAGAAUUUACCUGAUAAAUCUACAUCAAAAAUUGUAGUAGUUAAUAAUUAUGCAGUUGUUUAUGGUCAAAGUGACGAGAUCCUUGGAUAUUUCCCAAUUGGAGACAAAAAGGUAUUUGAAGAACAAUUGGAACAAGCUCAAACUAGUCUUGGAUUUGUUAAAAAUAACUAUAUUCCAGUUUCUUAUAAAGAGGUUACUGAUAAUAGAGUAUUUAUUAUUCAAAUAUUACCAUAUUUAUUAUUAGGAUAUUUUGGAUAUAGAUCGAUUAAAGGUAUGACAUCAAAGAAGAACUUGUUUUCACAAGGAAAGAUGAACGCACAAAAAUUCAAAAAGGAUUCUUCCAAGGUGACAUUUAACGAUGUUGCAGGCUUGGGAGAGGCCAAGGUGGAGAUUGAAGAGUUUGUCAACUUUUUAAAGGAUCCACGCAAGUACCACGACAUUGGUGCCAAGAUCCCAAGAGGUGCUAUUUUGGUGGGACCUCCAGGCACGGGCAAGACGCUGUUGGCCAAGGCCACGGCCGGCGAGGCCAACGUGCCAUUCUUUUCGACGAGUGGAUCCGACUUUGUCGAGAUGUUUGUGGGUGUCGGUCCAGCACGUGUUAGAGAUUUGUUUGAACAGGCACGCAAGAACGCACCAUGCAUUAUAUUUAUCGAUGAAAUUGACGCGAUUGGACGUGCACGUGGAAAGGGUGGGUUCUCGGGCUCAAACGACGAGCGUGAAAACACACUCAACCAGCUGCUCGUCGAGAUGGACGGUUUCAACCCACUCAAGGAUGUCGUGGUGUUUGCAGCAACUAACCGCCCAGAUAUUUUAGAUCAGGCGUUGUUGCGUCCCGGUCGUUUUGAUCGUCAGAUCACGAUUGAUAACCCCGAUCUCAAGUCGCGUGAGGAAAUCUUUUGCGUGCAUCUCAAGCCACUCAAGCUCGAUAAUACAGUCGAGCACUAUGCACCCAAGCUGGCCAUGUUGACGCCUGGGUUCUCGGGUGCCGACAUUUCCAACGUGUGCAAUGAAGCUGCGCUGAUUGCUGCGCGUAAAGAGUGCGAUGCCAUCACCAUCCACCACUUUGACCAGGCCAUCGACCGUGUCAUUGGCGGUCUCGAGAAAAAGAACAAGGUUCUGUCGCCCGUCGAGAAAAAGACGGUUGCCUACCACGAAGCUGGCCAUGCAGUCGUCUCGUGGUUCCUCGAACACUGCAGCCCGCUGCUCAAGGUGUCUAUCGUGCCACGUGGUAUGGCCGCACUCGGAUACGCACAGUAUCUGCCCAAGGAGGAGUUCCUCCACACCAAGGAGCAAAUCUUUGACAAGAUGUGUAUGGCUUUGGGUGGACGUGUCGCCGAGCAGCUCACCUUUGGCACCAUCACCACCGGUGCCCAAGACGAUCUCGAAAAGGUCACCAAGAUGGCCUACUCACAAAUCGGUAUCUACGGUAUGAACGACAAGGUCGGCUGUGUCUCUUAUCCACGCAAGGAUAACUCUGACUUUACCAAACCCUACUCUGAGCAAACCGCCGAGAUGAUGGACGAAGAAGUACGUAUCCUCCUCAACUCUGCCUAUGAAAAGACUGUCCAAGUCCUCGAACAACACCGUGACGGUCUUGAAAAGGUCGCCACCCUCUUGCUCGAAAAGGAGGUCAUCCACUCUGACGACAUCAAAACACUCUUGGGACCACGUCCUUUUGGUCAAGAAGAUGAUGUCUCUCAUCUUAUUAAAGAUGCUGAAAUUGUCCCACCACCACCAACAGAUAAACCAGAGACCACGACAUUACACAACCCUCAAAAAGAGGAUCUUCACAAAAAAGCAAAGAGUUCAACUUGUCUUUCUUACUAG